CUCUCUCUCUCUCGCUCUCUCGCUCACUCUCACUCACACUCACACUCACACACACACAGUCGCUGCUGCCAGCCCUCCACUUACAGCUUCAGCCUUUCAAAGCUGUUUUUCUUCUGGAGAUCAGCACACGGUUUAACACCACACAGUUGCCACCGAAGAGACUGAGGGAAGGAGAGAAGAGCGAGUAGAGGAAAGCAGGAAUGAAAAGGAGAAGUGGAGGAAGAAAGAUAUUGUUUUCAUCUACUCCAGGAGGGUCCCCCAUCUUUUUUUUUAGUUUACUCCUCAGGACCAUUCAAAGAAGAGAGUCUGAGUUCCCAUGAUGUUAUCGGAGUGAAUGGGUUGCCGUGGUAACUGACACUGGCAGCCUGACCCGAGAAAACUGGAUGUUGAAUGGAGGAAGAUCCUCGGUGGUGGCAAGCAAGCGAAAGUAACGGGGAUUCGAGGGAGGAGAGAGGGAACAAGAGAGGAGUGAGCAGAGGAGCGCGGUGGAAGUCCAGAAUGGAGGACGGGUUUUCCAGCUACAGCAGCCUCUAUGACACAUCUUCGCUGCUGCAGUUCUGUAACGAUGACAGUGCGUCGGCAGCCAGCAGCAUGGAGGUCAUGGACCGCAUUGCCUCCCUGGAGCAGCGUGUCCAGAUGCAGGAGGACGAGAUCCAGCUGCUCAAGUCAGCGCUGGCUGACGUGGUGCGCCGCCUCAACAUCUCUGAGGAGCAAAACGCCAUGACCAACAGGAGGGGACCCACUAAAGCUGUAGACCCAGCUUUGAUGAAAAGGUCCCCCUCGUCAGACAGCAAUGGUGGAAAGCCAGCUAGACCCAUGAUGGCUGCCCUGCCUCUAAGGCACACUGUCAACAACUGCACUGUCUUGCCAAAGAAAAGCUGCGGCACGCUACCAUCCCCCACCGGCUCCAGGAAGGAUGCUGCUGCACCAGCAACCAAGAGCACUGUGAGGAGAACCAACUCCAACGAAACGAUGGGUACACUGACACGUAAAGACAGCGCCGACUCCAAGAGCAACCGCACCCGCACCGGCUCUUCCGGGAGUAACUCCAGUGGCAAGAGAGCCAGUGAAAGCAAACUUAAGGAGCCUGUUUUCAAUGCAGGGAUGCGACGAGUGACACACUGCAAAGAGGAAGGGUAUGUGAAAAUGUAUUUGAAGGGACGACCCAUCACCAUGUACAUGCCCAAAGACCUUGUGGAUACCUACUGCCUGGAAGCCAAAUCGGACCUGCCAAACAAGAAGCUCAAACUGGACUGGGUUUAUGGGUACAGGGGACGUGACUGUCGCUGUAACCUGUACCUGCUACCCACGGGAGAGACGGUCUACUUCAUUGCAUCUGUUGUGGUGCUGUACAACGUGGACGAGCAGCUCCAGAGACACUACACCGGGCACACUGAUGACAUCAAGUGUCUGGCUGUACAUCCUGAUAAAAUCACCAUAGCAACAGGACAGGUGGCAGGCACGUCUUCUGAAGGCAAACAGUUGGCUCCUCAUGUGCGUGUUUGGGACUCUGUGAGCCUCAACACCCUCCACGUUCUGGGGACAGGCUUCUUUGACCGCGCCCUGGUUUGCCUCGCAUUCUCCAAGUCGAACGGAGGCAACACACUGUGUGUAGUAGACGACUCCAACGACCAUGUGCUCUCUGUGUGGGACUGGCAGAGAGAGGAGAGACUGGCUGAUGUCAAGUGUUCCAAUGAGGCAGUGUUCGCUGCCGACUUCCACCCCACUGACACCAACAUUAUAGUCACGUGUGGGAAGUCACACCUCUACUUCUGGACACUGGAGAGGGGUACCCUUGCCAAGAAGCAAGGCUUGUUCGAGAAACAAGAGAAGCCCAAGUUUUUCUUGUGUGUGACUUUUUCAGAAAAUGGAGACACCAUAACUGGAGACUCAAGUGGAAAUAUACUGGUGUGGGGAAAAGGCACUAAUCGAAUUAGCCACACCAUUCAGGGUGCACACGAGGGGAGCAUCUUUGCACUGUGUAUGUUGAGGAACAGCACAUUGGUGUCAGGAGGAAAAGAUCGGAAACUCAUCUCUUGGGAUGGGAGCUACCAACAGAUCCAAUCGGUUGAGGUUCCUGAGUUAUUUGGCCCUGUCCGCACUGUUGCCGAGGGCAAAGGGGAGAGUGUGCUUAUUGGGACCACCAGGAACUAUGUUCUACAAGGCAGUUUGUACGGCGAAUUUACCCCCAUCACACAAGGUCACACCGAUGAGCUGUGGGGGUUGGCCGUGCACCCCUGGAAACCCCACUUCCUCACCUGUGGCCACGACAAGCACGUCAGCCUGUGGGACACCUCCACGCACCAGCCUGUCUGGACCAAGACUAUGGAGGACGCAGCUCAGUCUGCUGGAUUCCAUCCCUCUGGAGCAGUGGUUGCUAUAGGAAUGCAGACCGGCAGGUGGCUGGUGCUGGAUACCGACUCUAAGGAUCUAGUCACAGUGCACACAGAUGGAAAUGAACAGCUGUCUGUUAUAAGCUUUGCACCGGAUGGCAAUUUCCUGGCGAUCGGCUCUCACGACAACUACAUCUAUAUCUACGCAGUGGGGGAGAGUGGCAGGAAGUACAGUCGAGUGGGAAAGUGCUCGGGCCACUCCAGCUUCAUCACCCAUCUGGACUGGUCAGUGGACUCUCAGUACCUGGUGUCCAACUCAGGAGACUAUGAGAUACUCUAUUGGAUCCCGUCAGUUUGUAAACAGGUGGUGAGUGUGGAGACCACACGGGACAUCCCCUGGGCCACCUCCACCUGCACUCUGGGUUUUAAAGUCUUUGGGUUAUGGCCUGACGGCUCCGACGGGACUGACAUCAACGCCGUCUCCAGAUCCAAUGAGAAGAGGCUGCUCGUCACAGGAGACGACUUUGGAAAAGUCCACCUUUUCCCAUUCCCCUGCUCUCAAUUCCGGGCUCCCAGUCAUGUUUAUGGCGGACACAGCAGUCAUGUGACCAACGUGAAGUUCCUGUUUGACGAUAGUUGCCUGGUUUCCACUGGGGGCAAGGACAUGAGCGUCAUGCAAUGGCGAGUAGUGUGAGGCGGCCAUUUUGGGGCAACAGACAGACAGUUUCUUUAUGGAUCAGGGUAGGGUGGGUAGGGGAAGGGUUGCGCUCCAGAGGCUUCCCUGUACAAUGAGUUUAGGAUGAAGUUGCCCCUAGAUGCUGAUCUUGGAUCAGUUUUGUAUUUCCCCCAUUAAUGGUUAAGGUUAGGAUUUGGGGAGGGCUGAUCCUAGAUCUGUACCUAGAGUUGACUUCACUCCAGAGUAGAGCUUUUUGGUGGGUGGGUUGGGGACGAAGAGCAUCGCAACAAAAGGAUGAUACAACAGGCAGUACCUUUUGUUUUGUUUUUUAUUAUUCCGUCUGUCUCCUUUAUUUUGUAUAUUUCACAACUCAGGAAACCAGUAGAAAAGUAGGAGUUGAAUUUCUUCCCUAUGCCAUAGCAAUGGUAGCCACUCUGGCCUGCUAGAGAUACCACUCCAUCUUGGGAAGCGGGCAGCAGGAAGCUUAGUGGUUAAGAGCGCUGAGCUAGUGAGUGAAAAGUUGCUGGUUUGAAUCCCCAAGCCGACUAGUUGAAAAAUCUGUUGAUGUGCUCUUGAGAAAGGCACUUAUUGCUCUGGGUUAGAUUGUCUGCAAAAUGAAAGACAACAGAAGUUUUAAUUUUGACAAUGUGCAUUUGAUCUAUACUGAAAGCACAUGCAUUUGGUUCAAACUGAUACUGACAGAGAGUAAAUGACCAAUAUUCCAAUGAUUACACUCUUUCAUCAUAUGAUGUGUAUUUUAUAAUGAAUACAUCAGGUUUACCCCAGGCAAUUUGUUACUAGGCCAAGUGCGGUUGAAUAGAUGUGAAUUCUGUGAAGCUACAUGGGAAUAUGAAGAUAUUAACUCUCUGCUGCCACUGUCUGGCUUCCUGAGGUAUUGAAUGGUGUCAUAAUGACUACUUCACUAAUGCUCUGCAAAGUAUAUUACAUGAUAAAGUAUCACACUGGCAUUACAAAGAGCCCUUUAAAAACAAAUGAAUUAUUAUUUCAAUGAAUAAUCAAUGAUUAGUUACACCUGUUGAAAAGCAUCAUUUCGGGACCCAAAUGGCUGAAGUUGAACUACAUUUCAAACAUAUUUGGAUUACACUGUUAUAUAUCUGCU